AAUUGGAUGCCAGAAAGCCAAGAGAAGAAAGCGCUCCAAUCUCUCUCAAGAAACACAACUACAUAAACCCACCUCUCUUCUCCAUUUUCUAGCACCAUUUCUUCCCACUCAGGCACUCUUCUCAAGAAAAAUUUGGCUUUCCCUACCAUGGCUAGACCUCAACAGCGAUACAGAGGCGUUAGGCAAAGGCAUUGGGGCUCUUGGGUAUCUGAAAUUCGUCACCCAUUAUUGAAGACUAGAAUUUGGCUAGGCACUUUCGAAACGGCUGAAGACGCUGCAAGAGCGUAUGAUGAAGCAGCAAGGCUCAUGUGUGGACCAAGGGCUCGAACCAACUUCCCUUAUAACCCAGAUAAUGCGUCUCAAUCUUCAUCAUCCAAACUUCUCUCAGCAACUUUGACUGCCAAGCUUCAUAGGUGCUACAUGGCCUCUCUUCAAAUGACCAAGUCAUCACCCACUGAGCCUCGAAAGCCACCCGUUUCACACAUUAUCAAGACUAAUGACAUUAAUGGCGAAAUGGGUUCAUCACGGUCGAUUGACAAGAGUCCAUUAAUGUCAGUGCAAGAGACUAGUGAGACUAGUCAACCAAAUUGGUUUGUGAAGAAGACAGUUCAAGUUGAUAGUAGCCAGCAGUUCAAGCCUCUUGAAGAUGAUCACAUUGAGCAAAUGAUUGAGGAACUUCUUGACUAUGGAUCUAUAGAAUUAUGUUCUGUUGUACCUCCUCAGUCUCUCUAAUGUAGGCCAACAAAGCUCAGUUACCCUCUCAUUUCUGCUAAUUUAACCCUCUUUUUCUUAGCCUUUUUAGAGUCUCCAUUAAGUGCAAUUGGCUGCUAUCAGCUCCACCAUCUCCGGUUGCUAGAAUUGUCUCCUAUGUGACCCCAUGAAGAAGCUUAUGUACAGUGCGUUUAUGUUAAAUCAUAUAUGCUAUUAUUAUUAUUUGUUUGAAA